UUAUAUACGGUGUUAGAUUGAUCCAUUCCAUAUACCAAUUUAUACGGAAUCAGUAAAACCAAUCCUCUAUUUCUAUCGAAGCAUGAAAACAAAAGGGGGUUCACUUAAAUUCGAAGACAUCUGCAUCCAGUUCCGGCUCACUGGAUGUAUAAUGGUAUCAACUUGCGAUGUUACCAUUUAGUUCAUAACCUUUGGGUACCCUGGAUACCUACAUCGAUAUGGGUAACUAAGAUGGUAGGCCACGCCUUGUUGAUCAAACAGAUUGCGAAAUCCGAAUAGUAAAGUUUCUUUCCUUGAGAGUUGGCACUAUUGGGAAAAUCAGUGGUAUUUUUUGAUUUUUCGCGAAAGAACGAUGGUGACUAACCAGAACUUGUGUGCCUAUUAUCAGCAGGAUAUAACUGGAAACUGUCAACGUGAAGACACAACGGAGUGGGGAGAUUGUAAUUUGUCCUGGUUGCUGAAUUACAAGAUUCACGAAUUGCCACCAAUACCAGCUGAAACACCGAAUUUAGUAGAUGACAACAUCAUUUUGGAAUCACUUCCAGAUACCCUUACGUUUGAGUUCACCGAUCUAGAUGGCAACGAUUUUGAUUUGGGAAACACAGAGAUAAUAUUUGCAGAAGAGAGUGAAAUAAUACCACAAGAAACCUUCAAACAUACAGGGCCUACUAAACCUCCGUACACUUACACUGAAUUGAUAGAGCAUGCUUUGACAGAUAAGGGGGAAUUGACAGUUUCUGGCAUUUAUCAUUGGAUAUCGGAACAUUUCCCUUUCUACAAAGAGGGUGACGAUCGUUGGAAGAAUUCUGUACGCCACAAUUUGUCCAUCAAUCCACAUUUUCGUAAAGGCAGUAAAGCACCACAUGGAGCAGGCCACUUAUGGACCAUAGCUGAGAAAAUUAGGAGAAAGUCAAUGCAAAUAAUCUUCUUCCCACAAAACUCUAAUGAAGAACGAUGAACGUAAACUUUUUUUUAACUGAUCGAUAUUUCUGUC